AAAAUCGUGGGCAGGAUAUCGGAACGGCGACCCCGCGAAGCCAGCGGACGGCAGCCUUUGUGGAACGGCAGCAUGUAGCCUCUGGUGAGCUCUCCCCGCCGGUCAGCGAGGAGACUCUGCGCGAAGAGACGGAAGGCGUAGAGAAGGACCCAGACACAAUCAUGCACUCGGAGAAGGAACGUCCCGCUGCUCAGGAAAAGCAAGUUGCGCCGCCGGCAGAUCAGGGCGUGGCCCAGGCGGACAAGCUCUUGACGGAUAUUCCACUUGCUGACGCUCUCCGGAUGGUCGUGCGUCUGCGGAUGAUGUUCCCGCACCAGACGCAGGAGGAGCGCGUAGCUCCCGUUAUCUUGUCCAACCGCCACAUCGCCGAGCCUGAAGAGCCCGAGCAGCCUCAGCCGGAGGCCGUUGUCGCAGCGGUGGCCGAGAAGGAACAGGAGCAGGUGUCGAGAGGGGAGUACGACGGCACGAAGCACUCGCUACGAAAACGCUUCGCGGAACACAAGGCGGCUCUGACGGCGAAGGUGGACCGGCUGCGACAAGAGUAUAUGUCGCUGCACGAGAAGUGGAUGGUACACUGUGCGAAACUGGACGAGAUCGCGCGUGCGAGUGCGCUCGAAGAGGCUGCGGCUACGGCGGGUCGUACGACGCGGCGAUCUGCUGCGAUGGGCGACGCUGUGCGCACGGACCUCGAGAUGGAGCAGAUCCUCGCGAGCUUAGGGAAUGAAGAGCUGACGGACGCGAAUCACCUCUCCGCGAAGAACGCCGCAGUCAUCCCGGACAUGCUCUCGGUGACGAAGGGACGCGUGGACCCCGUGUUCGACGACACGAACAACCUGGUCGAGGAUCCGCAUACGUUCUACGCGCUGGAAACGGGCAUUGACGACUGGACGGAUGAGGAGAAGGUGGUCUUCGUUGAGAAGUACGUCAAGCACCCGAAGCAGUUCGGCAUCAUCGCCGGCUACCUGCCCAACAAGACCCCCGCGCAGUGUGUCACGUUCUACUACCUGCAUAAGAACACGACCAUCGACUUCCGCAAGAUCCUUGCACAGUUCAACACAGUUGGGAAGCGCACCCGGCGCGGCCGUGGCAGCAAACAGAAGGGCAACGCGCUCCUCGCGGAUAUCCUGAAACACGACGAUGAGGUCUCGAGGAACGCGACGCCGUCCACGACUUCAGCGAAACGUAGGCGUGGGCAGCCUCCUUCAACUCCUGUUGGGACUACGCCCGUCGCUGAGUCUGAGCCGGGACCCUCUACUACUCCUGCGCCUGCAGCCGAGCCGCCGAAAAGGAGUACCAUUUCGCGACGAAGUACGACUCAGAACACGCCUGCAGGUACUCCUACUCCAGACCCAGAACCUGUGCAACCUGCCCCUAAGAGGCCUCGGCGUCGAGCCGUUCCAACACCCAAGGCAGUCGCAGCCAUGGGGCGCGAUGAGGCAGCAGCGGUAUCAAGCGCAGCAGCGCCAGCGCCAGCAGCAGAUGACGUGGCAGAGGAGGAUGCUCGCCCUGCGAAAAGGGUCAGGAAGAGCCGGAAGAGCAAGGCCGCCGAGGUGGAGGUUCCACCGACACCGACCCCUGCGGAGGAGCCCGACGCUCCUGCCGCGUCGGCAGAGACCAAAUUCAUCGACCAAACGGAAGCGACUGCUCGCAAGAAGAGUGGCGGCGGCAGUGGGAACUGGUCGGAGGACGACAAAGCUCUCUUUAUGAAGCUGCUCGCUGAGCACGGAGAAGACUUUAAGCGCAUCGCCGCGUCCAUGCCUAAUAAGACGACGAUCCAAGUCACGUCGUUCUACAAAGCCAAUCUCAGUGAGAUGGAGCUGGCAAAAGUUGUCACUACGGCACCCCAACGGUCGCCCACGCCUCCCCGCCUUGACCCCGACCCUAGCCCAGUCGUACCUCCGGUCGUUGUACCUAAGGUCGUCAUACCUGCAAGCAAACCCUCCAAACCCACGCCCAAGCCAGACAUACCCUCUCGGAGCAACAGCGUCAUGUCACCACCUCCUAUGAUGCCCUUGAUGCGACCCCUUGCCCCGUCCCCGAGCUUGAGCCUAGCGCCGCCCGAUACCCCCGGCCCUUCGCCGUCCGCUAUGUCGGAGGCCAUCCCCGCGCGCUUCCGCGGGCCGAUGGGCAACGGAGCUCACCCCUCCUUCGCGGGUUUUGGCGGCGCCCCGCUUGAGCCAUCCGCCUUUGUGCGGCUGACGGCCCCCCAGGCAAGCGGGGCAAACAGGUCUCCGGGGGUGAUGGAGUUCAGCAACUUCGCACCGCAGCCGUGGAUGUCCGGGGCACACUCCCUCGUUGGACACGGACCGGUCGGCAGCGUGCAGCAGACCCCCGGGCCUCCGGCGACGCUGGAGACGACGGAGGACCUCAUGCGAUACCUGGAGCAUCGGACGCGGCUCACUGCGGGGCAGAACAACGACUCUGAUUUCAUGUAAUUUUGCGUGUUUGCGGAGAGGGUUGGCCGGUCAGGUUGUUCCAUCUAGUACGAGGCAUUGAGCUCGCGCGAGUGCGUUGCUUGUGCAUACGUGUUUAUUAUGUUUUCUAUGGCUCUCCGUAUGUCUGUCGUUGAAUGUAGCUAGAUCGUAAUUGAACUGGUGCUCGUCUAAAGUACAAAUGUCUUUCCAUGUGCACUUGAUAUUGAUGUUGCACUUAAUCAGAAU